AUGGCUAACCACACUCCUACCGCUGCGGCGAUCGAACGUCGGCUCUCUCAAAUCCAGCAAGCUCUCGAAGAUGUUAAGACUCAAUUCGAAACCUUCGUUACUAAAAUCGACAAGGUCCAAAGUGACUUGCACCUACACCGAGCUCAGACUAAGAAGCAAAUGACCAGCAUUAGGGCAUUCACCCGCAACUACAACAUGCGCUUAGUCAACUCGCAAGUGAGCGACGGAGAUGCACAACUGGGACAUCUAUACGACCACAAUACCAACAGACCGAUAUCCAAUCUUCCGCUUACUGCCAACGAUUAUCGUCAACUAGAUCAGUAUUGA